AGCAGUCAUCACAGGUUGAGUUAAAAUUCAGGAACCUGGUGCAUUUAGCGCUGAGUGACGGUCGAGUGUCAGGCGUGGUAGUGGUGGCCAGCGGCAGUACCCUCUCUCAGCUGUUGUCGACUAUCAAAGCAGAGAGCUCCCAAACGCGCAGGGUGUACUGGCUGCUCUCCGACCUACCAGAUAAUGAGCUGGACCUGGUGCGUGAGGUGGCCCGGCUCACCAGAGGUCUGUUCGUCAUGUCUAACUCUCCUCCGGUUCUUCAAGAGUUUGAAAAUCACUGGAAAACAUUACAGGAUGUGAAGCUCGAGCCCACAGCAGAGAAUGAAUGGGUGUUAGGCUACCUGCAGCAGGAGAAGGGUUGCCAGCUGGAUGGUUUGCCAAUUCCUACUGAAGACACCAGCAGCAGUGACGGCACUCCACCAAAACAGUUGCCCAUCUGCCGCUCCUUUCGCAUGCGGGAUGACGACCUGGACGUCUUGGCCAGGACCAGAGCUGUUCUUCCUGCCAUCCACGGCUUGUUUACCUUCUUCACGGCCAUGAAGAAUGCUUGGAGGUUGAAAUGUCGGAACAGGCGUGGAGUGUGUGAUGCCUUGCAGGAUAUGGGAAGAAAGGAGCUAUUGGCAGAUUACUUAACGCCCCUCAGGUUCCUGCAUGAUGGCCCAGGUUCUCGGAGUGUGAUGAACCUGAAGGGCGGCAAGCGGAGGAACGACCGAACAGGGAAGCUCUCUAACGCAGCCCUUGGUCUCUACACCAUCAUCACUGACCCUGGCAACUCUAGCGUCACUAUCCAGCAGAGUAUGGUGGUGGAGAAUUCAACGUUGCGGAUGACAGAUGACUCCCUGGUUCUGGAGGAAGUGGGUUGUCCGCGGGGUUCUUGCGGCACCUGCCUCACCGUAUCCAGCACCGAGAAUGAGGAUGGUAACGUGUCACUGUCUGUGGAAGCAGAAAAACAUGUGUUCCUGCCAUCACCAGACCACAUAAUUGUUGCUGCUCUCUUCCCUAUGCACCGACCCUCUCCUGAUGGAACAGACUGUAGUGACAUCAUCAACGGGGAGACGAUGCAGGAGGUGGAAGCCUUCCUGUGGGCGGUGGACCAGAUCAACCAGCACCAAAAGUUGUUGCCAGCCACCACCCUCGGUGCUGUGGUUCUGGACACCUGUGGCUCUAGAAUCCGGACCAUGAACCAAGUGACAAGCCUGGUGAAGAGCUCGCUGCCUGGGAUCAAUGUCGACAUUAACGACGUCCAGAUCUUCAUCACCUCACUCGACCCAGAGACGGCCAGGGUGACGGGCGAGAUGCUCUCCUCCCUCAACAUCACCUCCAUCAACAUGGGUCCAUCACAGGCACACUCGCCCUACGCCUUGCAGAUGAGUCCCCCUGUCAACAUGGAGGCCGAGGCGAUGGUCCAGAUGCUGCGGUUCCUCGGGUGGGACUAUGUGUCACUCGUGGUGUCUACGGAGGAUUUUGAGAGUGUGGCCGGGGCCGAGGCCUUCAGGACGGUAGCCCAGGCAUCUCGGAUCUGCCUUGCCCAAGAUUUCAAGAUGGCUCCCCUUGAACCCACAGCCAUGGUCACCCUCGCUGACCAGCUUGUGGAGCAGUUGACGGACAAGGCAGUGACUGGUGCACGUGCAGUUGUCCUCUUCUUGACGGUGGAUGACACGAAGGAUCUCCUGGCUGCCGUCCAGAGGGCUGUGCUGUCUCAUCGCUUACUCAAACACCAGCUUGUCUUCCUGGGUCCUUCUAUCUGGGGUGACCACAAGGAGAGGUUACGUGAAUUUGAUGCUGAACUCGGAGGAGCUUUGGUACUGAAAGAUGGACAACAGGAUGUGAGGGACUUCAUAGCACACUACCGACUCCUCACCCCUGAGAAGAACACCCGAAACCCCUGGUUCAAUGAAUACUGGGAACAGGAGUUUGGGUGUGUGGGAUCAGAUUGUGAGUCAAAUUCUGGUCUGCUACCUGUCGUGCCCUACUUAACAAUACCAUCAACUCCAAGGGUCGUGCAGGCCACCUUCUCCUUUGGUGCAGCCCUCACGCAGCUCAUAAGUCACCUCUGUCCUCAACAUGGUGGUGCAAUGUGCCCAGGGUUACCAAAGUGGCGCCAGAGGACAGUGUUCAACGAGUUCCUCCGCAACACUGAGGUCUCGCGGGUGGACAAACCCUCCGAGUACUUCCAGUUUACAGAGAACUUCCACGGCAAUGCCCCACUUGAGGUAUACAGCCUUAUGAGACACUCGGAUCACAGACCAGUCAAGUAUAAAUAUGAGAAGGUUGGUAGGUAUGUAGACAGUGGACUCACCCUCGGGAAUGCCAUGGUGGAGUAUCACAAUGGCUCCCUCACCCGCAUGGACCAGCUGCCCUCCUCAUGUGUGACUGGAUGCUCCUGUAACCAUCGCGAAACAGACUACGUCUUCAUCGAUUCACCAGACAAGUUGUAUGUUGUGGCGACCUUCAAUGUCCACCAGAAGGGUGACCGACCACUUGAGUGUGGCAGCUUAAAUGGUGACAAGGGCAUCCAGAGUGUGGAAGCAUUGUUAUGGUCUCUGGAGCGUCUCAACUCCGACCCUAAGAUCCUUCCUGGAGUGACUCUGGGAGCCAUCAUCCUGGACGCCUGCACCAGCAAGGAGAAAGUGGUGCGGGACCUGACCAACUUCCUCACUGGUCGUAUUCCUGAGAGGAUGAGGAAGAAGGUGCCGUCUUCAAAUAACAUCGUCGGGUUAAUCGCUGGUGGUACUGGAGAGGAGGUGCGUCAGGUGAUAGAUGUGACACAACCUUACGGCAUCACCACCAUCGCCACGCAGGCCUCCAACAGUGCAUAUUCCAACACACGCCGUUUCCCUGUGCUCUUACGUCUAGCACCCCCCAAUGAUGUUGUGGGAGGAGCCAUCGCAUCCCUACUGCUGUACUGGAGGUGGGAGGUAUUCAGCGUCGUGUACUCUGAUGGCGGCACAGCUGGGGACAUCCACAAACACCUCCUGCGAGAAACAGAACCCCACAAUCUGAAGGCCGCCGUAGCUGAGCCAGUGCCUCUCAAGGUUGACCAGAUAGACUACAUGAUGGGUGUGUGGAGCAAACUAGCCGAGGCAGCACAACAGGGUGCCCGGGCAGUUGUCCUGCUGUUGGAGCCACACCAUGCUGCACUGUUCCUCCAGGCAGCAGCCAGGCUCCGUACAGAAGGUCUCUUGCAUACUGGCGAUUUUGUGUUCAUUAUGGCCGAGUCUCCCCUGCCAUUCAUACAACAUGAGAGUGAGGCGUUGGGCAUGGUAGUGGUGCAGCCGAUCAGUGGUGCUGUACAGGGGUUCCAGACUUAUAUCAAGGGCCUGUCACUAGCCAACCACACUGCCUACCCCUGGUUUCAUGAAUUCUGGGCGGAGUUAUUUAAGUGCCAAGGUGCCGGAUGCUUCACUGGAGCAGCACGAGAUCUUUCGGGCUACAAAUUCCGCCAGGUUGAAGAUGUUGUGAGCAUCAUAAAUGGAUUAUCUCUUCUCGGCCAGGGACUCGACAGGUGGCGAAGGGAGGCAUGUCCAGAUCAGCCCAGUGACUCGUGUGAUGAGAUGACAUCAGAUUCCCACUACAGGGACAAGAUGUUCCACUAUACUCGCUCACUCAACAAGCAGGGUGUGGAUGGACGAACAGUUGCCUUCACUGUUGAUGGUCACAACCGCGCCGCCACCCUUCAGGUGCUAAACUUCCGCCGUGUUGGUGCUCGUCGAGGUGCUGGGCUGCUGCGAGUGGGCGUCUACAAUGAGGAGGAUGGGCUGGCUCUUAACGGCUCUCUGGUGGUUACGUAUGAUGCUGAAGGGCAAGAGAGGGCCAUGACGGAGGUCAAGUCACAGUGCAUUGACUACCAGGCCUGUGGAGACGUUGCUGUUGUGGCUAAACCUGUCAAGAAGAAGACAUACUAUUUACAGAUGUUCCCCAAACAGAGGUUUGGCAUCAGUGGGUUGGUUCCUUACCACCUCAAGGGUCAGACCUUCUUCUCCUGUGGUGCAUUUUACAGUGAAGGAAUCUUCCAGAAUGUUGCUGCAAUAGCUUAUGCUCUGAGCAAGAUUAACAGCAAUGAUGUAGGUGUGGGCCUGGGAGCCAUAUUGUUUGACUACUGUGACAGGAUAGAGAGAGCCAGAGAGAGGUUCUUCAGCUUCUUCUCGGGUGAGGCAUCAGAGAGUGACGACAACAUCCUGCUGGGGCCCAACAGGAUAGUGGCGUCCAUCACAUUUGAAGACGAUGCCGCCGAGGCAGUGUCCAACAUCCUCUCCUCAAACUAUAUCCCUCACUUCAGUUCUCCUGUGGGGGGACGGAAACUCUCAGACCGAGAGGACCAGACCAUCCUCACCAGUGUGCCCUCCAGAACAGCUGAACUGCGAACCAUCUUAAGUAUCAUGAAAUCGUACAAGUGGAUGUUCAUUAGUGUUAUUUACGAUAACGAUGACAAGGGUAAGUUCCUUAUGGAGACUUUCAGAAAGUUUGCCCUGAAGGAAGACAUCUGUAUUGGGGACUCUCUCGGUGCCCCGAAGCGAGUGUCGGAAGAAUACGCCCGGGAGUUGGUGGAGACGCUGGCUGUGUCAUGGAAGCCCAGGAUUAUUGUCUUGUUAAUGGAUGCUGCUGAUAACAUUAGAACACUACUGAAGGUCUCUGAGAUGCUUGGUGCAGGCGAGAAGUUCACCUUCAUUGCUGGAAGUGCCUGGGGAAACAAGCCAAGUGUGACUAAAGACUUGGACAGGAUAUCUGCUGGAGCUCUUACAUUCACAAUGGAAACUUAUGAUCUUCCAGAUUUUAGGGCUUAUGUUGCGAACUUGACCCUGCAGAGCCAUGAACCUUUCCCAGACGAGUGGUUUGAAGAAUAUUUCCAGAAUAAGUUUGAGUGCAGACUGUCGUCGAGUGGAAGAGUGCAACGGCAGUAUGUGACAGAGUGUCUGGGGACUGAACGGGUACACGCCGAUGAUAUCGUACAAGAUCCCUACGUGUUCCACACCAUCCUGAGUAUCAAUGCCAUAGCUCAUGGCCUGGACUCGUAUAUCACUAAACAGUGUGUAGAAGCUGAGACAAUAGACGACUGUAAUAUUGUGCAAGCUGAGCUUUUGUUAGAAAUUUUGCAACAGAGUGAAUUGACAUUAAACAACACGAGCGCCCCAAACUCCUACGACCAGGCUGAUGUGUAUGGUUAUCACAUUUGGAAUUACAGAAAAUUAGGAAGGGAAUACGGAUAUGUAAGUGUUGGGAAAUGGGAGAACAGUGUAAUACAUUUAGAAAAACCAAGCAUAGAGUUCAAAAUAGGAACCUUUGCACCAGACUCUCACUGUAGUGAAGGAGUAUGCCUUGAGGUGUGUUCCUCACAGUCAACAGUCUAUGCGGCCAUGGCUCUGCCCGAACCUCUCCCAAUAGACAGCAACUUUUAUAACGUUUAUGGUAUUGCCACUGGCAUACUCAGCCUACUAGGGAUUGUUGUUAUCUUGAUAACAAUGGUAUACUUCAUGAUGUCCUUCCCGACAGCAGCAGGAACAUCAGUGCUAGGAUACUUGAUACUCAUAGGCUGCCUCAUGCUUUAUGCUGUAAAUUUUGCCUUCAUCUUUCAGCCAACAGUUGGCACCUGUGCAGUAAGAAGGUUCCUCAUGGGUGUAGCAUAUGCCAUAGUCUUUGCUGCCAUGCUGGUCAAAGUCAUCCAUACCUGGCGAGUUACAACCUACACUCGGGCCAACGGCGACCCAGACACCUUGGGCAAACCUGGUGGACUGUUACUGCUUUCGUUGGCAUUAGUGUUAGUACAGAUCAUCCUCGGGGCAGCCUGGCUCAUCCUAUAUCCACCUGGCAUUGACUUGGCUGGAUCGACUUGGAGAUGUACUCCAACUGAACAAUUUGAGGUAGAGUUGGUCAUCUCCCUUGUGUACGUGAUGGUUCUUAUUUCUGCCACCAUCAUCUUCUGCCUUGAAACUUGGCACGCCGACGAAAACUCAAGAGAGACGAGAUGGAUACUGUUAGCCUCCCUCGCCACAAGCAUCACCUGGUGUGUGUGGACAGUGGUGGCAACGCAGGCGCCCGUGCACUUCAGGGAUCCAUCCAUCGUCAUAGGGAACUUGGUGUCUGCCACAGCUGUCAUGCUGUUCCUUUAUGCCCGUAAAAUGUAUUUAUACAGUCAGCUGAACAGGGACGUGAAGGACCUGGAGAUGAGGUCUCACUACACUGCUGCCACCUCCCUCUACAAUGCCUCUCUUAAUGCUCACACGCAGAAGUUGGCAGAGAACUUGCCGAGGUCUCCAGGUCUGGACAUGUCUGCAGGGAUGCCUGGGCGACAGUUUGUGGGUGAUCAGGAGGUGAGUUUCCGUACAGUGACCCUCCCGCCGGAAACGCCACAGAGCCGCUCCUCCCGCCACUCCACCACGCCCUCCAGACGCUCCCUCCGUCUCUCCCUCUCCGAUGACCUACCCGAGGACCUCACCUUUGACGUCUUUGAAUCCUCGGAGGAGGAGUUCCCUGUUGAUGCCCACCGCCUUAGUGAUGACAAUGAGGAGGUGGAGGGUGCGGUGGGUGGGGAGUCCUCCAGUAGCGGCAGGAAUGGCACCUCGUCAGAACGUGAUCGACUCCCCUCUAUCCGCCGCGUGGGCUCCAGACAGAUGCUGGUGUUCCUCACUGAUGGUAACACAAUAGGUGAUGUGUCGAGAAUAUAAAGCACUACUUUCUUUGGGGUAAUAUAGAAGUACAGUACUGGUAUGUAUAAUUUUGCAAUAUUUAUCGACAAACUGCCUUAAAGUAACUACUCAGUCCACGUGUAUGUCAUUGUGUCAGGAUUUUGAGUGUUCAAGUCUACUUAACUGUGAUGCCUUUAACUCUGGUACACCUCACAUACAGUAAAGUGUAGGAAACCCUCUUUGGCAUGAACUCCUCCUCCUGGAUUGUAUUGUAUGGAAUCUUGCAUAUUCUUAUUUUUGUUGAAGAGAGGAAGUCUGUGAUCUUUUUAAAUACUCCCUUGUUCCUGAUCAGUUCAUUCUUCAUGGGUCUAAUGUUAGUACCGUACAGGAGGAAACUGGAGGCGAGUACCCAGAAACAACCUGCCAUAUUGAGUAGUGUCACACUGGACAACACCCUUCUGGCCUUCUCACAUCCGACACUUGUUGGAAAUGACAAGUAGGUGUGCACUUGGCUGUCUGAAUUUCGUCAGUGAAUUAUUAAUAUAAACUUCCUUUGGGACAUUAAAAGUUAGCAUUUAUAACCUCAGCGCAGUAAUGGUAACUGAAAGAAUCUGGGUUAAUAAGUGAUCACUAAGUCUUGAACAAUUAUUGUUAACAGUCUUGUAUGACCAGUCCAAUUUAUCAGUAAUAUGUCAGAGUUGGUUUUAGAACAUUUACAAGGUAUCAUAUUGGCUUGUCAUAUGUGAUAUCUAUUUUUAAGCCUUUAAGUUGUUCAAUGAUAUUCUAUAUGUAUCAGGGUUUUUCUAUAGAAUAAUAGAGCAGCCACACUUGGACUUUCCCUGACGUUUGAAUUUCUGCCCAUAUUCUUAGGUAUUAUGGACCUACUUAAAAAUCCUGUCAUUUUCUUAUUUUAAGAAACAGUUCUGUCUUGACAAACUGUGACUGAAGAUCAUUCACUUGCCACCAGCAGCAUCAAGAAUAAAAUAAUAAGCAUUC